AUGGGGGCCCUGGCUCAGAGCGGCGGUCGCCAGCCCGACGCGCUGUCGCUCCUCGCGGACGGCGGGCGCGACGAUGGGCUUGGCGAGAGCUCUGGCAUGCGACUUGGCGGCGCGCGCGGCGCCGCCGCCCUGGAGCUGUUCCGACGCCGGGUCCAGAGCAGCCCCCAGGCCGUCUCCGCCCUGGCCAGGCGGAAUCGCCAGCUCAACAUGACGGGUGCUGCGAGCGAGGAGGGCAUGAGCGACUCCACGCGGAACUACUUCGCCCGCAACGUCCCGUUCGGGCAGGCGAGGUCGUCGGCCUUCCUGGUGUUCGGCAUGGCGGAGGCUCAGCUGGCGCUCCUCCUCUGCGCGUCGGAGCAGGCGGCCCUGAGGGAAUGGCGCUGGGCGUCAGCCUGGUUGCUGACUCACCUGCCCGAGCCGCCCUGGACCUCGAUCCGCCAGGCGCCAGCCCGCGGGCAGAUCCGCCCCAUGUCCCGCUUGGCCUCGCCCGAGUGGGUCGCUGCAGCGAUCGGCUACACCAAGGACACGCUGGCCCUCGAGGACGCGGAGCGGAAGCUUGCGCCGGCCGCAGCACCGAGGGCCGAGGACCGCAGGAGGCUGGUGGGCGGCAGCAAUUCACUGGACGUGGGCAUUCGUUGGGGCUUUGGCCUGAUCCGCCGCCUGCGCGGGCUCCGCGCGGCCUUCGGCGCCUUCGUCCGCUCCUCCAUGCACGCCGCUGGGUUCCAGGAGGUUGCGACUCCUGCCGCCGGUCUGCUGCCCUGCCCCCCGCCCUUCGGGUGGGCUGCUUGCACCCCCCCGCGGGGCGUGCGCGCUCGCAGGCGAUGGCUCCGCACUCGCGUCGAGCACAUGUGGGUCAACGCCGUCAUCCUCGCGCUCUCCCACCUUCACCUGGGCGAGUCGCGGAGCUGCCCGCCGCGCGCCCGCGCUGGGAGGCCUCUCAGUUCGUCUCAGUCCGAGAUGGUGUCCAGGCUGAGUAGGCUCGUGCGACCGAUGCGCCGGCCCCUGCAAUGGCAAGGUGGCCGCGUGGAGAAGGCCGACGCUCUGCUCGACUAUCUCCUGCGUGCGACGCAUCUCCCCGUGGGCGCUGUGGCGCCCUCUCCCGACUGCGAAAUGAUGACCACUGACCCGAGCAAGGCCCCCUUCGCCAAGGCCGAGUGCCACUUUGACCCCCUGGCGUUCCUGGCCCCGUUUGCCGCCGCCACGUUCUUGGAGCCGCGGCUGCUGGCGCGGGAUGGGCCGGGUGCCGGCCCGCUGGCGCGCGCGGUCGGGCCUCCGGCCCGGCCCGCUCCUGCGAGGCCGGCCCGCCAGGCGGGCAAGCCGGGCGACCUCCUCGAGUACCUGAAGCAAUGGGACGACGUAGGGCGACUGGAGCUGGUCGACGCGGCCGACUCCCCGCAGGCCCUGCGAGGCACCCUGUUUCCCGUGUUCAAGGACGCCAGCACGCAGAGGGUCGUCUUCAAUCGCAUCGCUCGCAAUUCAUCUGAGUUGCCACUGGGUGGCUUCUCCAGGCUGACCCCGAGCGCCGCCAUGCUGGUGGACCUGGAGGUGCCUGCUGGUUCCGUCCUUCGCGUCUGGGCGGACGACCUCCAGGACUUCUACCCCGCCUUUGACUGCACUUACGACAUGGCUUGCACCAACGACGUGGCGCUCCCCCUCCCGACGAGGCUCUACGAGGGCUUCGCAGCGCUGGGCCCGCUUCGGAAGCGCUGCCGUCGCGAGGGCCGCGAGCUCCCCGAGAAAGUGGUUCCCUGCCACGGCGGCCUGAUCAUGGGGGGCCUGAACGCGCCCGACUGGGCGCGCGAGUCCCACAUGCGACUGCUCGCCCAAGCCGGCAGCUUCCCCCCACAGCGGCGGGUGCUGAACCGCCACCUUGCCCCCGAGGGGUCUGCCUGGGAGGGCGUCGUGCUGGACGACCACUUCGGCCUGGCUGUCGACGCUCCGGGCUCGCGGGAAGCUCGGCGAGCUAUCGAGGAGUCCUUCGCCCGCGCGCGCGAGGGCUAUGCGAAGGCUGGCCGCAGGGUCAGCGCUGGCAAGGAGGUGAAGGACGCGGCGGAGGCGACGGUCAUCGGGGCAGAGCUCCUGGGUCAUGACCGGCUCGUCGGCGCCUCCCGCACCCGCAGGCUGGCACUGCGUGGCCUGGAGGUCGACGUCGACCGCAACCCGCACGAGGUGUUCGACCUGAGCAGCGCGGCCUGCAACGAGCGCGCCCUGUUCGCAGUCCUCCUCCCGCUGAUGGCCACCGGCCUCUCCGCGGGCUGGGGCCCGCACGUUCUGGCCUCGGACGCCUCGCACCUGGCCGGAGCGUCCGUCAAGACGCCGGCCUCAGCGCCCACCGCCAGAGCUUUCUGGCGCCAGCGCGAGCAGCGAGGCGCUCGCACGUGGCUGUACCCCUCAGGCUGGGCUGCCAUGGCCAACCCCGAGGACGGCGCCGUCCUGCAGGAGGCCCGCCUCAUGGGAUACCUCUUGGGCCGGGGCCUGCGCACAGGCCCGAGGAUAGACAUCAAGUGCCACAAGUACUGGGACCUGGUCGACUCGCGCCUAGCGGAGUGGAUAGCAUGGCUGAUCUGGCAGAGGCGCGUCAAGAUGACCAUAUCACAGGUUCCGUGCACCAGCUUCUCGAUCGCGAGGCACCCGAGGCUCAGGUCCAGGAUGCGGCCCUGGGGAUUCGACCCAUCCUCGACCCCGACGCAUCUGGGGAACGUCCUCUUCAGGGUGGGCAUGCUGGCGCUGUUCGCCCACCUGAUCUCUGGCCACGGGACCGGUUUGCACGAGCAUCCCCUGACGGCCUACUCCUGGUGCGCGCACAUCGUCGAGUUCCUGCUGACGCACAAGACCGUGGACCGCUUCGACCUCUCGAUGUGCCAGUUCGGCGCGCCCUGGAAGAAAGACACUAGCCUCCUGGUAGUGCGGGGCUCCUGGCUGGCGCCUAUGGCGAGGCGCUGUCGCGGAGGGCACAAGCACACCGUCUUGGAGGGCGGCCUGACUCCCAAGGCCGCGCUCUACCCGCACGGCUUCUGCGACGAGCUGUCCAAGCUGAUCGCCGACAUCCUGGACGGGCCGACCCCGCCACCCCCGGCGGAGAGUUCGGCGCCCGCUGGAGCGUUCGAGGCCCUCUGGCUGAACGACUACGUCGGCUUCGCUCCCUGGCAGCUGCACUGCCACCGCCUUUUCCGCAAGCCCCUCCACAUCAACCUACUGGAGAUCGACGCAGCUUGCGACGCGGUGGACGAGCAGGGCCUACGGUUCCCUGAUUGCAAGCACAACCUCCUCCUGGACUCCCGCGUCUCGAUCGGGGCCAUCAGCAAGGGCCGCUCCUCCUCGACUGCGAUCAACAAGCUCUUGAGGAGGAGGGCCCCGUUGCAACUGGCCACGGGCUCGCACGUUGGGUGCCACUUCGCGCCGACGCGCCUGCAGCCAGCUGACGUCCCGUCGCGCACGCUCCGCGACCCGGCGAGCGCUCUGGCCCGCGUGGCCGAGGCCCCGCCGCCCGCUCCGUGCUGGCUGGCCGGCCUCGAGGCCGGGGGCGCCUCAGCCUUCCGCGCUUGGGCUGCGCUCCCGCUGCAGCGCCGGCAGCAGUCGCGGUGGGCUUGGCUGGUGGCGUGCCUCUGGUGGCGCGGGCUCCUGCGGCUCACCCUUCAGCCUGGCCG